UGAAAUCAGCUCAGAGCUCGGAUACAAAACCAGGAGCGUCGAUGUUUUAGCAGCUUAGUUCUCUUGCAUCUGCCACAUUACACCUUCUGCUGUGCGCCGGAACUUUUAUCACUUACUGACUGUAGCACGUUUAGACCUGCAGCUUAUCAAAAGCAUAGAGAGAACUUGGAUAACGCUCUUAUUUUUUUCUCCCUGUCCACCUUCGUCUCUGGUCAAAUGUGAUGCUAUCAUUUUCUAAUAGAGGACUCCUCAGGUGAUGGUCUGUCUUUUUGGAGAUAGGGAACACAUGUGCUAGUUUUUCCACAGCUAUAUUUUUCUGCAGCUAUCUUCGCUUUUGGCUGAAGCAUGGCUCUCUACUCUCGGUUUGUGGUACUGCUUUACGGAUGGAGUUAUCUAUACGUUGGAUACUGCGUGAUGCUGAAAACAGACGAUUUCCCCGAGAGACGAAAGGUGGAUUUUACGCAUUCGGUGGAUAAAAAGCACCCCGCGAAAGACGACCAGGAUGUCCGUUUACAGGAUACAAUGACGGAACACAUGCAGAUGCUUUACGCAAAGUACAACCGGGCUGGAUUCCCCUUCAAGGACGGCAACACUGUCCGGAGUUUCAAAGCGCACUGGGGUACGAUAAACAAGAAGCAUCUGCAGAUUUUCAACCUCACGUCCCUCACCAAGUCAGAAGACGUUCUGUCAGCCACUCUUCAUUAUUACAUUAGAGACCUUCAGAACAGCACCCAGGGCUGCUCCAGGUCCAAAAGCUGUGGCCGCCAUGGUCCUCGGAGGCACAGCCACAUCCACAUGGUCAUCUGGAGUUUUGCCUCCGUGGAUAACAAGAUGAGAACUCUAGGACACUUUCGGAUCAAUGUGUCCACCCUCUACAGGGACUUCAUAUCUUGGCAGUGGAAGGACAUAACUCGUGUGGUCAACCAGGCCAAAAACCACGACGAGCUGCUCAUUGGGAUCGAUGUGGCUUCACAAGGGCCCCAGUCGUGGAAGAAGCUCCUGUCGGACCGUUCACCCUACAUCCUGGUCUACGCCAAUGACUCUGCCAUUUCGGAACCUGAAAGUGUGGUAGCCACCCUCCAGAGACACCACCCGGUGGGAGGGGAGGGGUCCAUUUCACACAGCUUCCAUAAACUGAGACUGCUAGAGCGAAACGACACUGAACAAGAACAGUCGGAGCCCAGACACAAGCGCUCUGUAAAUGUUCUGCUCCCGUUGCAAAACAAUGAACUUCCCGGGCCCGAGUAUCCGUACGAGACGACCGGCUGGGAUGAGACGAGCCCAUACGAACCUUUUGAAAACAAGCAGGCCCGCCGGCCACGUAAAAAGACACGCAAGAAUCAGCGGCACAAGAUGCCCCUGCUGCAGUUCGACGAGCAGACGAUCAAAAAGGCGCGAAAGAAACAGUGGAACGAGCCUAGGAACUGUGCUAGGAGAUACCUGAAAGUAGACUUUGCUGACAUUGGAUGGAGUGAAUGGAUUAUAUCACCAAAGUCGUUUGAUGCCUACUAUUGCUCAGGGUCCUGCCAGUUCCCCAUGCCAAAGGCUCUGAAGCCCUCUAACCAUGCCACCAUCCAGAGCAUUGUGCGGGCAGUGGGCGUCGUCCCAGGCAUCCCCGAGCCGUGCUGCGUCCCAGAGAAGAUGUCUUCCCUCAGCAUCCUCUUCUUUGACGAGGACAAGAACGUGGUGCUGAAAGUCUACCCCAACAUGACUGUAGAUUCAUGCGCCUGUAGAUAGUUUUUUUUCCCCCUUCAACACCUGUUCACACAAAACCCAUGUCAUACAGAAAAGAAAAAAAAUCAACACAUGCAGCCUAAACGACAAUCUGUCCUUCUGUUCCUAUAAUAAUACACUAAUUUACUUACAAACACCCAUUGAACACAACUUCCCUUUUGCACUGGAGGAGAGUACUUCCUGUUGUUCCAGAUGAAGAGGAGACUGGUCUGUUCAUGGGAAGGAAUGGAUCGUGUGAGUUAUCCUCCUGGAAGAUAACUGGAAUGGAAAGUCAAAUCUCCAUGCUCCGAUUUCACCACAGGCACCACUGUUUACGUCUUUAUCAUCGCUGCUCAGUUAUCAAUUGGGCCAUAGCAGGGUGAAUGCAGUCAUGAACUCACUAUCAAGAUAUUCACAUACUAAUUGAGGCAUAAGAGAGACAAAAACUGAAGGAAAUACCCCCCUUUGUCAGGAAAAAUGACCUCAGUUUGAACUGAUGCCUCUGAGGGGGGUCAUUCUCAUUUUUCACUCCUUCAUAGCUUGAAGUUGUCUUUGGUCAUUACCACAAAGUCAGACUCGCACUUGCAUGGUUUUUGUUACUAUGUGUAUGUAUUUAUGUCUGUACCAUCACUGUGUUAUUCACUAUAUGAGAAGUUAUUUGUAACUAUUGGCUUGGCUGCUAUAGAGAGAUAUAUUAGAUUCCAAAGCCAGAAUUGUGAUGUAGGCGGUACAGUAGAUAGCCAUUCAUAUUUGUGUCAUUGUACAGUCAGAUCCCUCACUUUUAGAGUUUAUUAUAUGUGGAAGAGUAAGCUACUUUUCAUUUGUGGUCUUCUAUAACAGUUGGGAAUGGGGUGUUUUUGAGGAGACCUUAUUAUACCAUUGCUUUGCCAAGAACAUGUUCAGACUUUACAAAUAAACUUCAGAUUUCAUUUUGAAAGAUAAAGGGAUAAAGCAUAUCAAAAAGAGAAACUAGUACAUUGACAUUUAAAACCACAGGACUCAAAAAGCCACUUGAUGCUUGUGUGGAAUUUGGAAACCUUUGUUGGACCUGGUAAGUUCAGAAAGAAAUCAAAUAAAUGAUGGGACUUGGCAGGCAUCACUGAUUACUAUUAGUGGUUUCAAUGAGCUGUUUUUGGCAUUGUUAAAGUUCGGAACAUGUUGCUAUUACAUAAUGUUUAAUAUGAUGUGUCGUAUUUACAGCAUAGAAGGACAUUUAUGAAGAUAAACUAUUAGAUACUGCCAGAAUUCCAGAAAAAAAAGUCAGUAUCAAGUCAGUGUUCACUGCUGGUCUGGAAUCAGUUUUGCUUUACGUAUCCUUAAGGCUCAUCAUUUUUGUUUUUUUUAACAAUUUUCAUUGAAAUAUACCUGGAUUUUCUUAAAAGGUUGAGAUGUUGAUCAGACCUUCACUUGGAUUUUAUGUUCUUAAGCAUCUAAAGCUGCUCUGUUUUCAGCUCAGUUAAUUGUAGUUUACAGUACAUGUUGUCCUCUGGGUGGCAAGGACAGCUCAGAAAAUGCUUCUGCUAAUAGAAAUUGACAAGGAAAAUAGAAAGAAAACAAAAAUGGCCUGUGCAUUUUGUGCCAGAGUCAAUAAAAAAAAUAAUAAAAAAUAAUAAGCAUUAUAUACUAUAUUAAACGAUCAGGGAGAGCUGAUCUGUUCUCCUGGGUCACAUAAGCCUUUACUAUUACUGUAUAGAGAAGAUAUUACAUAAAUCAUAAGGGGGUGUGUUAUUUCAUCACAUGUACUUUGUCAGGUCAAAAGUGAACAACAGGCAACAUGUCAUAAUGUUGCUUUGGGUUGUGCAUUAUUGUCAGAGUUCAUAAAACCAAAUAUUUAUUCAGAGCAAGUAGACUGAAAUGCAGCAGCAAACCUUUUUUCUAUAGACUUGUACAUUGUUUUUGUAUAUAGCUCACUAUAUGUUGAUGACAUUCUAAUGUCUCUUUGAGGUAGAAGUGCCUUUUGAAUGGGUGGAUUUCUGCUUAUUAAAAACUUUGAUUGAUCCUCGGUCAUUCAGAGAACUGAGCUCAGUUUGCAAUGAAGCUGAAGUCAAAGCAAAAAGCUGAGAAUAGUUGUUUUAUGGUACAAAAUAGUCAGUACAGUGAGUGAACAUAGUGCAUAUUCUUUUGAUAAGUAUGAUCGCCAGUGGAAUUUAUUCUAAAAUGUAUUUCAAAUAAUUCACUAUUUUGAUACUUCAGAGACAUUUAUUUUGUGUCAAUAGCUAAGGGCAGAUUUUUUAACUUUAUAUAUUUUGUACUGACACUUUUCAAGGUUGUGCUUCUUUAUCUUGUGCCAAUGCAGAUUUUAGCAAUGCAUGCUGUAGAAUGGAGCGGCUCCUUCUGGUUGAGCCCGUACAACACUGCAGACAUGAUGACUGAUGACGGGUCAUUUCUGGGGCCUUUGCUUUUGCUGCAUUUGAUACUCAACCCAUUUCUAAACUUCCCUAAUGUUUUUUGUAGUGCAAAGAUCAAAUAUAAAGUACGGUAUAUCAGCAGUUUAUAAGAACUUACUCUACUUCACUGUUCAAGCCUAUCUUGUAAAUGUUAUGCUGUAGGUAAAAAGAAAUGCUUGUACAAUAAGCUUCAUAAAAUAUAUUUGUAUAUGGAAAUGACCUUUAACAUGCAUCUAUUUAUUUUCUGUAUGUUGCAUAUCUUGUAGAGGUGUGGUCUGGGAAAGGGGGAACAAAGCUCUGACGUGUUGAUGGUUUUUAUCUGUGAUGGACAUGUCACUACUAAUGUGAAAGUGUGGUGAACUGUUUAAAGGUAUCCCCCCUCUGAGCCGACCAUCCUUACAAAGCAUUCAAAGAAAUGAAUAAAAAGUAUGCAAGACUCA